GGGCGGGAGGCCGGGGCAGCUGUCAGGCUGAAGUCCGGCGAGCUACGCGCGGCGGCGGGGAGGCUGAAGGGAGCGCGGCGCCCGGCCGGGCCCGGAGAUGGUCGUCGGCGCCGCGGGCUGGUGGUGUCUCCUGCUCUGGCUCCCCGCCUGCGUCGCGGCCCACGGCUUACGCAUCCAUGAUUAUUUGUACUUCCAAGUGCUGAGUCCCGGAGACAUUCGAUACAUUUUCACAGCUACACCCGCAAAGGAUUUUGGUGGCAUCUUUCACACAAGGUAUGAGCAGAUCCACCUUGUCCCCGCGGAACCUUCAGAAGCCUGCGGAGAACUCAGCAAUGGCUUCUUCAUCCAGGACCAGAUCGCUCUGGUGGAGAGGGGGGGCUGCUCCUUCCUCUCCAAGACCCGGGUGGUGCAGGAACAUGGCGGGCGGGCGGUGAUCAUCUCUGACAACGCAGUUGACAAUGACAGCUUCUAUGUGGAGAUGAUCCAGGACAGUACCCAGCGCACGGCUGACAUCCCUGCCCUCUUCCUACUCGGCCGAGAUGGCUACAUGAUCCGCCGCUCCCUGGAACAGCAUGGGCUGCCAUGGGCCAUCAUUUCCAUCCCGGUCAAUGUCACCAGCAUCCCCACCUUUGAGCUGCUGCAACCACCCUGGACCUUCUGGUAGAAGAGUUGGUCCCACCUUCCAGCCAACUCUAGGCUGGGAAGGGGGAACCCAGAAAUCCUGGCGUUUGGGACUUGGAGACAGCCUUUGGGGAUAAGGGAGCCAGGUAGAUGGAAAAGGCUUGGGCUUAGCUAGGCUAAGGAAAGUCACACUGUUCUCCCUCCCCUGGGCUCCCAAGGGUGUCUCAUGCUAUGGGAAGAUGCAAGCCUCAGGGCCUCUUGGCUAGCAUCUGGAACAAAAGGGGCUAAAGGCAGGUGGCCUGAGGGCCAUCUGUGACCCGUCAUAUCUCACCUGGCUCGGCUCCAGCCUCCCCCACCCAGGGUCUCCUGUGUCCUUCACAGCAGUUAUUGGGGUGGUUUAAGGAGCUAGUGUUUGAGGACUUAAUAACCCCUCACUGACUUUUAGCAAUAAACCUCUCAUCAGGGUUGCAACUGUGUCCUAGAAUAAGAGCACAUGGGUGGGUGGGGGGGUGGGGCUUCAAACUCACCCAUCUGGCCCCAUGCUCUGUGUUGAGGGGAGGAAAUUGAGGCCCAGAGUCUAUAAAUGGCUUGCCCGGGGGCCCUGAGGACCUCUGCUGAUGGCUAAUCUUGGAUCCCAACACAGCCUCCUGCUUAAGAUCUUAGGAGCCAUAGUCCCCUGGGGAGAAGGCUCCUCUUGCUGCCUAGAGCCGGGGAACCAUGCUGGCCCAUGGAGGAUCCCUGCUCUGGGGCUUUAGAACAUCAGCAAGGCAGAGCGUAGGUGCGACCAGAGAUGAGCCUAAACUGGGAAGCUAGAGCUCCCACCUCUUGCCAUUAUCCGGUCUACCUUUUGAGCCUUUCACCACCCACAUGACUGCUGUGCGCUCCGGCAGCUUGUCAAGUUCUCCACCAAGCAUUCCUUCAGAGGCCUGUCACCACUCACAUUUUAUUGAGAACAGUGGGCAGGUGGGGGUAGGAGGAGAAGCUGCCUGCUGUGAAGGAGCAAGAACCCAAUAGGCCAGACAGGCAGGUACCUGCCUUCCUAAAAUCCCUUAGCAGGGGGUGUGAAGACCCCUUAGGGAAGGCAGGCAGAAAGGAAUUGCAAGUGAUGGGUUAUAAUUCCCACAGCACCCAAAACAAGAGCGAGGGGUGCUGCCAAUUUGGGGUUGGGGGAUACAAUCAGGGCUAAUCUCCGAGUAUCUAACCCAGCUCUUCUAGGUUUCUGGAAGACUUCAGUGUUCCUCUGUGGAGACCCUAACGAUGGACUGAGGCCCCUAUUCACCUGGUCCCAGGGGGCCAUCCUAUGAUGCACAGGCCUGUCACCCACCAGGUCUCAGCCAUGCUGCUAGAGUCUUCAACGGGAAGUGGUGUGAGGAAGGGGUAACGAUUACCCACACGCCCCUCCUGAGGGAGGCAGAAGCCUUCUCCGUGCGGUGGGGCCAGCCACUGUGCCAGGGCCUGAAAGGCAAGGCACAAAAUAGAGAUUCUGGAGUUUGGAGUUCAUCUCCACUCCCCCCGACGUCCAAGGAGGGGAAGUCACUCCCCCGGGCUCAGUGUUUCCUGGCAGAGCCGUAGGGAGAGUGCUCCAGAGGCCCGGGUCCUCCUUCCUGCCUCACUCGGCUGUGCUAGCAGUAGUCAGGCAGUUGCCUUAUUAGCUACCACGAUGGGAGGUGGGGAAGGUGAGGGCAAUGCACCACCUCUUCUUUCUUCUUCAAUAAAGUAAGGCUGUUCUCAGAC